AUGAACCCCGCGCAGCAGGGCCACCCCCCCUCGCCUCGUCUGGGGCGCUGGCAGCAGGAACUGGGGGACUGGCCCCUCAUCAAGGAGAAGCUGAGCCAGGGCAUCACCCUUGUGGUGGACAGGUACGCGUUCUCAGGGGUCGCCUUCACCAGCGCCAAGGAGAAGCGCUGGUUUCGGUUUCAGUUUUACGAGCAGGGAGCACGGUACCGGCCCUCGCGGUGGUGCGGCCGGGGGAAGCGCAGCGCCGUGCAGCUGCCACAGCCGCUUCGGCACGGGUCUCUGAGGCCGCUGGGCGCAGGAGUCCUUGCGAGGGAGGCCUGGCUGCUCCUGGAGAGGACAGCGGCCUCCUGCUGCGGAGACGAGCUUGUGCCGGCUGCGGGCUGUCCAGGCAGGACUGGGCGGUGGGACACUGGCCGGCUGGAGGCCGCCCUGCCCAGGCAGGGGGCUGCCCGCCAGCGCCUGGCCCAGGUGCAGGGUGUGCACCUGACGCUGUCGGGCGGUGGCCCAGGGGCGCAGGCCGACAUCUGGUCGCUGGGGAUCACGGCCAUCGAGCUGGCCAAGGGCGAGCCCCCCAACUCCGACCUGCACCCCAUGCGCGUCCUGUUCCUCAUCCCCAAGAACAGCCCGCCCACGCUGGAGGGCCAGCACAGCAAGCCCUUCAAGGACUUCGUGGAGGCCUGCCUCAACAAGGACCCCCGAUUCCGGCCCACCGCCAAGGAGCUGCUGAAGCACAAGUUCAUCACGCGCUACACCAAGAAGACCAGCUUCCUCACCGAGCUCACCGACCGCUACCGGCGCUGGAAGUCCGAGGGCCACGGCGAGGAGUCCAGCUCCGAGGACUCGGACGCCGACGGGGACGCCGAGGACGGGGAGCAGGGCCCCGUCUGGACCUUCCCCCCCACCAUCCGGCCGAGCCCGCACGGCAAGCUGCACAAGGGCCUCCACGGGCCCCCG